AUGUCUGCUCAACUCCAAAAAUUUGGAUAUAAUACAAACGUGAGUAAAUCACUUAGGUACAAGUCUGUAAUUUCUCAGUCUAAGUUAAGGAAUCAGAAACUGUAACGCAAACUAUGGUUUUUCUGCAACUGUUAAGCAAAGGUAUAUGUACCAUUUUAAAUGGAAAGUCCUGUACCACAGCCCAUUUCAAUUUGGUUGCCAGAUUCACAUAGUUUAUCACUUUUUUACAACUUUCGAAUGAAUACAGAACAAAAAAUUAGUUAGAAAAGUGUGAAAAUUAGUUAGAAAUUGCAAAAAUUAUGCAUAAAAUUAAAAUUUGCUUCAUGUGGGCCGUAGAAAUUUCCAUCACGUUCCGGCCCGUGACAACUAUUGGUUUCUUCUUUCAGUGAUCUACAGUACAUAAAGUUUUCAAAAAUUUAGGAGAAUAGACCACAUUGGACAUUUCCGGCUAACGACAAUGCAGAACUUAUGAAAGCUGUGUACACAUCGUAAGAAACUUAUUUAGUCGCCUUUUAAAAAUUAGGCUAAUAUGCUCUGCCGCAAUCUUUGAGAUGUCAUUGUUAAAAUCGCAAAUGACCUAGUCACUGCCGAUUUCAAAAUAAAAGUUUUCAGGAUUGCGAUAGAGUGCCUUGACGGUAUUUUUAGAUUGUAUUCUAAAUUUGAAAAGUAUUAAAAUUUUUUGAAGGUUUUUGUCGCUGAAUGUUGAUUUUAUUACAACAAAUACGUAUCAUUAUGGAAGUACAUUAGAUGAAUCACUGCAAAGCAACAAAGAAAAAAGAGAAGAGUACAUCAAGAUGUUCAAGGUGAAAAAUGACAAUUAAAUAUAGAAUGUAACUUGAUUCAGCAGAAUUAGUGUGAAAAUAAAAAUUUAGGAAAUACAGUAUAAGAUAAAAGUUGUAAUAUUUUGAAGUGUUCAGUUGAAAAUUGUUUAAUCGACAAAAAACCCAUUUAGUAAGAUCUUUAUUCUCGUGUCGUUUCACUUAAAGUUCUCAACAUAGAAAAAUAAGUUUUAACAGUUGAUUCUUGAAAACCAUCAUAUUUACUGAUUUAUUUUUCAAGCGAUUUCAACUUAAAGGAAGCGUCCGGUAAAAACAAUUUUGAUUGAUGACAUUUUUUUAAUGAAAAAUAAAAACGAGAGAACAACUAGAACGCCUGUAAAGUUUGAAAUGUUUCUGUAGCGUGCCAAUUUUUCACGGAAUUAUUUGUUCGACAAAUUCGAGCACUUCAUUCAGAUCCUUGACUCUCUCAUUUCCUGCUACCCACUCUUUCCCCUUCGCCCUCAUUCGCAACCCGCUUGGCACAGCCUUCGUCGUCUAAGAAAGUUCCGACGCACUGCUUCUUUUAUUCUCAAGCGUAUUGUGGUCAUCCCGGAGAAGUUCGAUUCGGCGGAAAUGAUGUACCUCGAUACAAUCAUUCCAAAGAAUGCGGCGGUGGAGUAGCUGAUGGCGGGCCGGACGAUGGAGCCGGUGGCGGAGAGAGAGAGAAACGAUCGACAUGUAAUGUAUUUGGCGUGGCCCGGAAAAAAGAAUCAGUAAAAUAAAAAAAUUUUUACCGGACGCCUUCUUUAAAACAGAAAAAUAUGAUAGUUUUUGCCCGGUAUUAACAGUAGUCAAAUAUUUCAGACAAAGUAGUUUUCAGAACACUUGUGAAAUUCUCUGUCAACUGGUCGUACAAAAUAAAAAGAAAGACACGCAAAUAUUAGGAUCUGUUGGCACUCUUGCCACAAUGUACCAUGACCUCUCAGAGUAUCACGGAAAUUACAUCGAAUUGCCGGGCUCAGAAGUAAAAAUGUUUUUACUCCUAUCCUGAACAACGUUUUCUGUUUUAGGCAACGACAUCAAACUACUACAGCACAAUCUUGCGCAUAUUCGAAAAAGAAACAGCUAUUCGAAAUCUUGUUUUCGAAACCAUUCCUUCCGAAAAAGAAGCAGAGAUUGCUCUGACUGUACUGCAACAAUUCCCUUGUUUCAAAGCAGUUUUUUCUUUUACAUGCAAGGUGAAACAAUUUUCAGUAAACUUUCCUCAUGCUUUUUUUCAGGACAACGCACAAACACGACAUGGAGAAACGAUAAAGGAGAUUGCAAAAAAGCUUUCGAACCAUCCUCAAGUGAUUGCUUCUGAGACGUGUCGAUUGAAUAAUUUUUCAUUGUAGGUUUUUGGUAUAGGAAUCAAUUGCACUGACUCGGAAAAUGUGCUCCCAGUUCUUAUCCAACUUAAUAAUUAUAAAUUUCAACACAUUUUUGUCUACCCUAAUUUUGGCGACACAAAGUUCCUUUCAAAAGAGUGAGUUUGCAACAUAAAAAUUUUUGUAAUAGCUUUUAAGUUGCAGGAGCAAAACGGAUGGUGUGUUCUCUGAAAAACUAAUAAGAUCAUGGGUUGAACAUAACGCAACUGUUAUGGGAGGCUGUUGCGGAAUUGAAGAUAGUGAAAUGAGGCAUCUCAGAAAAAUAGUUGAUGAUUUGAACUUCGAACAACAGGCCAAUGUGCUUUGA